UUCAUUAAUAAAAGCAAAUUUCUAAUUUGAGAUAUAGUCGACGGAAAGGGUAUGGAACAGCUUUGCUAGCAAGAAAAAUGAGUGCCUUUUCAGACCCUGUAAUAAUUUCCUCAAGCUUUCUUGCCCUUUCUAUUGUACUAAUUCUUAUCAAGAUUUUUCAUAUAUUAUGGUGGGUUCCUAGUCGCAUACAGUAUUUGUUAGGUUCACAAGGGAUCAAAGGCCCUUCUUACAGAUUUAUUUAUGGAAACACAAAAGAAAUUAUGGGCAUGAAAAAGGAAGCCAUGGCCACACAUAUGAGUUUAUCAUCGCACGCUGUACUCUCCAAAGUGCUGCCUCAUAUGGACUCAUGGAUCAACAUAUAUGGAAGAAAUCAUAUCCAAUGGUAUGGAUCUCGAGCGCAAUUAAUUGUGGCGGAACCAGAGUUGAUCAAAGAGAUACUUAAUAAUAGAGACAGAAUGUAUCCAAAAAUUGAGAUGCCAGCUUUUAUCAAGAAAAUGUUAGGAGAUGGUCUUGUGAGCACUGAAAGUGGAAAAUGGUUGAAAUUGCGAAAACUGGCCGAUUACGCCUUUCAUGGAGAGAGCUUAAAAAGUAUGGUUCCUGAAAUGAUCUCCAGUGCUGAACUGAUGCUAGAAAGGUGGAAACUAUAUGAAGGCAAAGAGAUUAAGGUCUACGAAGAAUUUAGAAUAUUGACUUCAGAAAUGAUUUCUAGAACAGCAUUUGGUAGCAGUUACCUGAAAGGAAAGGACAUUUUUGAUAUGUUAACGAGGUUGGUUUCAUUAGCUUCAAAAAAUGCUUACAAAUUUCUGUUCCCGGGCAUCAGCAAGUUUUACAGAACCAGUGAUGUGAUUGAAUCGGACAUGCUUGUGAAAAAAAUACGCAAAUGCAUAAUUGAAAUAAUCAAGGAAAGAGAAUACAAGGUAAAAAGUGGAGAAGAAGACAAUUUUGGGAGCGAUUUUUUUGGAUUACUUUUGAAGGCUCAUCAUGAUACCAACUAUAACCAGAGAAUUUCAGUGGACGAUUUGGUUGAUGAGUGCAAAACAUUUUACCUUGCUGGACAAGAUACCACUAACACAUUAUUAGCCUGGACAAUGUUUCUUCUAGCAACACAUACAGAUUGGCAAGAGAAAGCAAGAGCAGAGGUGCUCAACCUAUUUGGCCGGAGUGGAAAUCCAAAUCCAGAUGGUAUCUCAAAAUUAAAAAUAAUGGGCAUGAUCAUCAAUGAAUCUCUAAGAUUAUACCCUCCAGUGGUUGCCAAUGGAAGAAAAGUUGCAAAGGAAGUUAGAUUAGGAAAGUUCAUACUUCCCUCUAAUUUGAAUUUGAUCGUCUCAACUUUAGCAAUUCAUCAUGACCCUCAAAUAUGGGGGAAAGAUGUUCAUCAGUUUAAACCAGAGAGGUUCUCAGGGGGAGUUGCUGAGGCUACUAAGAACAACCUGGCUACAUUUCUUCCCUUUGGAAUGGGACCGCGAAAUUGUGUGGGAAACAACUUUGCUAUCACUGAAGCAAAGAUCACUCUUUCCAUGAUUCUUCAGCGCUACAGCUUCACUCUUUCUCCAGCUUAUGUCCAUUUGCCCAUUUAUUCUCUUACAAUUCGUCCAAAACAUGGAAUUCAAGUAAUACUUCAUCCACUGUAAUUAUAGGGUAGCAAAGUUCAAUUUUCAUAUUACUUGCAUUUGGUGGCUGUUGCGCUUAGCUGUGUUUGCUUAGUUCUGAAAAUUGAAAGACUGGAUCUUUAAUAUUACUCUGCUUAUCAAUUAGCUAAUCCAUUUUUUUU